AUGGCAAUGUCUGGACUCAAUGGAGCCCGCAAGGUGAUGAUGUGGGUGCGUCACGGGCACUCUGAGAUCAACGCCACCGCAGAAGCAGCGUUGGCAGCUGGAAGCAGGCUGAAGGUCGACCAAGAGACUGACUGCCCAUUGACUGAAACUGGCCGGUGGCAAGCAGAAUCAUUGAAGAGACAGCUUGUGAUCGAGCAGCAGCGGGGAGCACUACCAGAGGUCGAGUUGGUCGUCUCGUCACCCUUGCGCCGGGCGGCUGAAACCGCGGAGCUCCUGUUUCCCCAGGAAGAGGUUCAAUUUCUUGAAUGUCUUCGUGAGCUUUCCUUCCAUCCCAAGACUUUCGGCGCAAAGGCUGUUCCUUCCAUUGCGCAACAAGGCUUUGAAUGGCUUCUCAGCCGGCCGGAGAUGACCGUGGUGGUCGUAAGUACCCAGCUGAGAAUAGAUUCUUUUUCGCUUUCGAUACAGAGUGCCACAAGUGGGUUCUGCAAGCCUUUCUGGACCCUUCCCAGAACCGCAGAUUGCAAUUCCCAACCAAGCUGA